AUGGAAUUAGGGUUUGUUUCUUCUCCUUUGAUAUUGUUGUUAAUGUUAUUGAUUUGUAAUUCUCUUGUGAUAUCAGUUUAUGGUGAAUACAUACACUGCAACUGUGAUGAUGAUGGAAUUUGGAGUGUACAAAGUAUUUUAGUUUGUCAAAAAGUCAGUGAUUUUUUCAUUGCUAUUGCAUAUUUUUCAAUUCCUCUUGAGCUUCUUUAUUUUGUGAGUUACUCCAAUGUUCCAUUUAAAUUGGUGUUUCUUCAAUUUGUUGCUUUCAUUGUUCUAUGUGGUUUGACACAUUUGCUCAAUGCUUAUACUUACUAUGGUCCUCAUUCCUUUCAAUUGUUUCUGGCUCUUACUAUUGCCAAAUUCUUCACUGCUCUUGUUUCGUGUGCGACUGCGAUUACUUUUCCGACUUUGAUUCCGCUUCUUUUGAAGAUUAAGGUGAGGGAGUUGUUUUUGAGGCAGAAUGUGUUGGAGUUAGGACAAGAGGUUGGGAUUAUGAAGAAACAGAAGGAGGCUAGUUGGCAUGUUAGGAUGUUGACUAGGGAGAUUAGGAAGUCGUUGGAUAAGCAUACGAUAUUGUAUACCACGCUUGUUGAGCUUUCUAAGGCUUUGGAUUUGCAUAAUUGUGCGGUUUGGAUGCCAGAUGAGGGUAUCAGGGUCAUGCAUUUGACUCAUGAGUUGAAGCCGAAUCCGGGGAGGAAUUUUCAUAGUUCGAUAUGUGUUAACGAUUUGGAUGUGUUGGAGAUAAGAAAGAGCAAGAAGGUGUUGGUUUUAAGGCUUGAUUCUGCGCUUGGAGCUGCGAGUAGUGGUGGAUCUGAGGACUCGGGUGCUGUAGCGGCCAUUCGUAUGCCGAUACUUCAUGUUUCGAAUUUCAAAGGAGGGACACCGGAGUUUGUUGAGACGUCUUAUGCUAUAUUGGUUUUGGUUCUUCCGAAAUCGAAUUCUAGAGUUUGGACCUUCGAUGAGAUGGAGAUAGUGGAAGUAGUUGCUGAUCAGGUGGCUGUGGCGUUGUCUCAUGCAUCUGUUCUUGAAGAGUCUCAGAUCAUGAGAAAGAAACUUGCAGAGCAAAACCGGGCGUUGCAGCAGGCACAAAAGUACGCGAUGAUGGCUAGUCAGGCAAGGAGCUCGUUUGAGAAAGUGAUGAGCCACGGAAUGCGGAGACCUAUGCAUUCAAUCCUGGGAUUGCUUUCAAUGUUUCAAGAGGAUAGUAUAAGAUCCGAACAGAAGAUUGUUGUUGACACAAUAUUGAAAGUUAGCAAUUCUCUCUCACGUCUGAUAAACGAUGUCAUGGAGAUUUCGGCUAACGACAAAGGAAGUUUCCAGUUAGAGUUGAAACAUUUCCAUCUACAUUCCAUGAUGAGGGAAGCUUCUUGCAUUGCAAAGUGUUUGUGUGUAUAUAAAGGCGUUGGUCUUGAAAUUGAUGUGCAGAGGUCUUUGCCCGAUAUGGUAAUAGGCGAUGAGGCAAGGUCUUUUCAAAUAAUUUUGCACAUGAUUGGCUAUUUGUUAAACUUAUACGAUAGAGGGACUCUCGUUUUUCAAGUUUCUCUCGAAAGCGAUACCGGCGUGGAUAUGGAUGAUAGAAGUUCCAGAAUAUGGAGAUCCUCAAGUAUGCAAAAUGAUAAUGUAUAUAUAAAAUUUAAUUUCCAGAUAACCGGUACUAGUUCCCGUUCAGACGAAUCGACUUUAACUAGUAAGAUGCACCACAGAAAUGAACCUAAGGAGGGCCUGAGCUUCAGCAUUUGCAAAACACUGGUGCAGAUGAUGCAAGGUAAUAUCUGGAUAUCACCAAACUCUCUAGGUUUGGCACGAGGCGUAACACUUGUUCUCAAGUUUCAAUUAGGAUCAUCGCAUGGGAGAUUCGUUCUUGCUAAUAAAGAUUUUUCAAACCAACAGCUUAGAGGGCUUAACGUUAUUUUAGCCGACGAUGAUAACGUAAACAGGACUGUAACUAAGAAGCUACUUGAGAAGCUUGGUUGUCAUGUAACCGCUGUUUCAUCGGGUUUUGAUUGUUUAGCUGCUAUAACUGCCUCCAGUAUGUCAUUCAAAAUCAUCCUAUUGGAUCUUCACAUGCCUGAAAUGGACGGUUUUGAAGUUGCAAGGAAGAUUCGAAAGUUCCAAAGCCGAAAUUGGCCUUUGAUUAUUGCUCUUACAGCAAGUGCAGAAGAACGAAUAAAGGAGAGAUGCCUACAGGCGGGAAUGAAUGGAUUGAUUCGAAAACCUAUCAUCCUUCAUGACAUAGCCGAAGAAAUUAGAACAGUUUUGUUACGCGCAGGUGAAAAAUUCUAA